CGGAGGUGGCGGUGCCACUGGGAACGGACAGACCUGAGUUGAAGGUGGGGGGCCGGGGUCCACUGCCCUCGGCCGAGCAGCUGCUACCCUCCCACCCUCCCCGCGCCCCCCGUCUGGCCCCCAGGGUUAAUAGUCGCACGGCCGAACGCGGCCCACGGGCAGGGCGCGGAAGGGGAGUAGGCAAGAGCCCGGGAACGAGCUGGGGGCAGCGAGGGAGGGGCGCUCCCACCACUCUUUCAGGCCUGCACCGACCCCGCCUAUGCCGCGGGGCGAGGACCCUCGGAGUUGCCUCUGUCAACUUGCAACCCAGGACCCAGCCCCCUGAGUUCUGAUUCUACCUGCUGUCAUGCCUCUGUGAUCAGAAUCGGGCCUCUUCACUUCUGCGAGCCCCAGCUUUCAUCUCUCCAAGCUGGCUAUGAGGAGCUGGGUCUGUGCCAUCCUCCCAGGCAAGACUCCUGACUGUGGCCCAUGGGCCUCUGAGGAGGCAUUGUAAGUCCGCCCAGCUCCCCACUUGCUGUGCUCCCACUCAAUGGGAAGGGAACCAAGGCCUUGUCCAGCCAUCAGCCACAGCCUCUUGACAGCACCAGGAUGGAAGUCAAAGGUCAGCUGAUCAGCUCUCCCACCUUCAGUGCCUCAGCUGCCCUGUUUGGAGAGGCUGCCCCCCAGGUGAAGUCAGAGCGUCUGCGGGGGCUGCUCGACCGUCAGCGGACCCUGCAGGAGGCCCUGAGCCUGAAACUUCAGGAGCUACGAAAAGUGUGUCUCCAGGAGGCGGAGCUGACUGGCCAGCUGCCCCCCGAGUGCCCACUGGAGCCUGGUGAACGGCCCCAGUUGGUCCGCCGGCGGCCGCCUGCAGCCCGCACCUACCUUCCACCGCACCCCAAUCCAGCACACCACUCCUUGUGCCCUGCCAAGGCCCCGCAGGAGCUGGCGCUCGAGGCCCUGGAGCGCGAAGUGUCGGUGCAACAGCAGAUUGCGGCAGCUGCCCGCCGCCUGGCCUUGGCCCCUGAGCUCAGCGCCGAGCAGCGCCGACGUCGGCGCCAGGUCCAGGCAGAUGCUUUGCGGAGGCUGCAUGAGCUGGAGGAGCAGCUUGGGGACGUCCGGGCCCACCUGGGUCUCCCGGGGAUCCCUAUGCCCCAGCCCCUGCCGCUGUCCACUGGGGCAGUUAUCACUGCCCAGGGAGUCUGCCUGGGCACGCGCCUCGCUCAGCUCAGCCAAGAGGACGUAGUCCUGCACUCGGAGAGCAGCUCCCUCUCAGAGUCUGGGGCCAGCCAUGAUAAUGAGGAGCCCCGUGGCUGCUUCCCUCUGGCUGAGCGCCCUUCACCACCGAAGGCCUGGGACCAGCUGCGGGCAGUAUCUGGGGGCAGCCCUGAGCGGCGAACCCCGUGGAAACCACCCCCGUCGGAUCUUUAUGGGGAUCUGAAGAGCCGGCGGAACUCUGUGGCCAGCCCCACCAGCCCCACACGCUCGCUGCCCAGGAGUGCCUCCAGUUUUGAGGGGCGAAGUGUGCCUGCCACCCCUGUCCUCACCCGGGGCGCUGGCCCCCAGCUCUGCAAACCUGAAGGCCUCCAUUCUCGCCAGUGGUCCGGCAGCCAGGACUCCCAGAUGGGCUUCCCCCGGGCGGACCCUGUCUCCGACCGUGCCUCCCUCUUCGCAGCUCGCACCCGCCGCAGCAAUAGCUCCGAGGCCCUGCUGGUGGACCGGGCAGCUAGUGGGGGAGCUGGCUCCCCGCCUGCGCCUCUGGUUCCCCCUGCCGCUGGUCCCCCAGUCUGCAAGAGCAGUGAGGUGCUAUAUGAGCGCCCCCAACCAACUCCUGCCUUCUCCUCCCGCACGGCUGGCCCCCCAGACCCUCCCCGGGCUGCCCGGCCCAGCUCAGCCGCCCCUGCCUCCCGCGGGGUCCCCCGGCUCCCGCCUGUGUGUGGGGACUUCCUCUUGGACUACUCUCUGGACCGGGGCCUGCCCCGCGGUGGCGGCGGGACAGGCUGGGGGGAGCUGCUGCCCGCAGCUGAGGUCCCAGGACCCCUCUCCCGCCGGGAUGGGCUCCUCGCCAUGCUCCCAGGCCCACCACCUGUGUAUGCAGCUGACGGCAGCAGCCCCCUGCUCCGCAGCAAGGACCCCCACAGCCGUGCCACCCGCACCAAGCCCUGUGGCCUGCCCCUGGAGGCCGCUGAGGGCCCAGAGGUGCAUCCCAACCCUCUGCUGUGGAUGCCCCCACCCGCCCGUAUUCCCGCAGCUGGUGAGCGCAGCGGCCACAAGAACCUUGCCCUGGAGGGGCUGCGGGACUGGUACAUCCGGAACUCGGGACUGGCCACAGGGCCCCAGCGCCGGCCUGGGCUCCCCAACAUGGGCCCGCAGCACCCGCCCUUCCUCCAUGCCCGCUGCUAUGAGGUGGGCCAGGCGCUGUAUGGGGCCCCCAGCCAGGCGCCACUCCCGCACUCAAGGAGUUUCACGGCGCCCCCUGUCUCCGGCAGGUAUGGGGGGUGCUUUUACUGAUGGGUAGGGGUCUCUUGAGGCAGAUGGCAAAGGUGUCCAGGCCAGGGAGCCAGCUAGUCAUGGUAGCUAAUGACAUGGACCACGAGAGAAGUAGCUGCAGCCUUGGCCCGGGGUCACUGGGCCCUGUCUGACUCGCAUUAGUCCGUGGGGUCUCGGUGGAGGGGUAUCUUGGGUCCUGGUAGCAGCAGUUCUUCACCAAGCUAAUACAAGAAUUUUAAUAUCUGAACAACCAGUGCAUGUCAGCUGAAAAUGAGCCUUGAAACUAGGGUGCUGGGAGGAAGGGACGUCCUGCGCCCCUUGCCUUUUUCUUCCUCUUUUCACCACGCCCCACGCUUGCGAGCCUAAGGGUGCUGUCCUGUGCCUGCCUCCACCUCUUUAACGAGCCUCUUUUCCUCUCUCUUUCUGUGUCUUGUCCGUCUUUUCCUCUCUCCUCUGUCUUCCCACCCUGUCCUCCGGAUUCCUGCUACCCCUUCUAAAGAUACUACGCGGACUUCCUGUACCCCCCGGAGCUGAGCGCUCGUUUAAGUGACCUGACGCUAGAGGGGGAGCAGUCCUCCGGUUCUGACCCCCAGACCCCGGGGACACUGGUCUGACCCCUUCUCAUAUGCCCCUUGUUGGCCUGGGUAUGACUUCAGUCUGGGGAGCACACAGCUGACCUCGCUGAGCCCUGGGGUGUGGCUGCUCUCGGUCCUGGGGGGGCACCAAUGUGAUCUUCCAAGGCCCCUGGCUCCCUGUGGGCCCACGAAGGUGUCUGACACCCUGUGUCUCCUCUCACGCUGUGCUGGGGACUGGGGCCCCUCCGCCAGCUUAAAAGAGAGGAGAGGGGAUGAUGUAAUGGGGACUCCAAGCCCCUUCCUCCAUUUCUGUUUACAGUUGUGAGCUAGGUAUUCACUGUCUUCCCUCAACACUAGACGUUUUAUAAAAAAGGAAACUGUGAUCUCGUCCUGGUUGGGUUCAUUCCUGUCCCCAUGACCAGCCUGUUCCAUUCAGCAGCCCCCUCCACAAAACGGACCAUAUAGGGUCUCAGGGCCCAGUUUGGGGCAGCCAGGGGACUCCGGUGUGAACAGAACUCUCUGCCACCCCCCACUGGGGCAGUUUUUCUUGGGGAGGUGCCCACAUUUGGAAGGAAUGAAGUCUGGGUGGGGGGCUUGUGUUCAUUUUCCCUCCCCCAGGGUGCCUGAAGGCGCCCCAGUCCCUGUCUGCCUGUCUGUGCCCGCUGCCUCUGCCCACAGUGAGACGGCCCAGCCUUUGGCGGCAGCCUCCUCUGCCCUGACUAUCCCCAAUCAGGAGGCCCCGCAGGAAGACCAAAGGGCAGAACCAUUGGGUGUGUUGUGUCCUGGGAUGUGGCGGUGGUGGAACCUGGCGUCUGGUAGAUGCCAAUGAAAUCCUCAAGUGACAUCUCGCCACGGGUUAUGUCACACCUUCCUUGGCUUUCCUUCCAUCCACCAGUUUUUAAACAAAUCCACACAAGCUGUGUUUUCUAUGAUACCUGUCUGUGGCUUUCUGGAGCUGGGGGUUCCCCUACCCCCUUUACCUAGUGUUAAAGCUUUUCUUUUUGUACUAAUGGAUCUGGGCCCAAGACGCUACCCACACUGGAAGGGGAUUUCUAUAAUAAAUGUGUAAACUG